AUAAGAAUCGAGAAUCAUGAUUUACGAAAUAGCUGUCCAAAGGAUUAUCCGGCAAUCCAUUUUCUGCAGAAAAAUCAGUCCACUUUGUAAGUCGUCUACGAUUCGCCAGACAGUAAACAAGAAAUAUAGCAAAAUGACUUACCAAAUCGAAGAAAGAGGUUCGCCGAACACCAUUGACUAUAAGUUGUACAUAAAAAAUGAAAAUGGAAUAGUAUCACCAUUCCAUGAUAUUCCAUUGCUGGCUGAUAAUACUGGCAAAGUAUUCAAUAUGGUGGUUGAAAUACCGAGAUGGACAAAUGCAAAAAUGGAGAUCAACACAAAAUCUCCCCUCAACCCUAUCAUUCAAGAUACAAAAAAAGGRAAAUUACGUUUUGUACCAAAUGUGUUCCCACACAAAGGCUACAUAUGGAACUAUGGUGCCUUGCCUCAAACUUGGGAAAAUCCUGAAUUAUUAGACGAACAUACAGGGUGCAAGGGAGAUAAUGAUCCUUUAGAUGUACUUGAAAUUGGAUACAAAGUAGCUAAACGAGGAGAAGUGCUUAAAGUAAAGGUAUUGGGAACUGUUGCAUUGAUUGAUGAGGGCGAAACAGAUUGGAAGGUGUUAGUGAUAAAUGUAGACGAUCCAAUUGCACCUGAAGUUAACGAMAUUAAAGACAUCGAAAAACAUUUUCCUGGGUUACUAAAAGCAACUGUUGAAUGGUUAAAAAUCUACAAAAUUCCAGAUGGUAAACCUGAGAACAAAUUUGCUUUUAAUGGUGAACCCAAAGAUGCCGAAUUUGCCUUGAAAAUAGUCAGUGAUACUCAUGAAUAUUGGAAAGCUCUAGUACAAAAAGAAAACACUGAUGGCUUGUCCUGUGUGAACACAACAUUGAAUAAUGCUUCUACUAUCGAUAAUGAAAAAGUUCAAGCCAUAUUAUCGGAGAGUUUGCCACUAUCCGAGCCUAGUCCAUUAUUACCUGAAGUUGAUAAAUGGCAUUUUGUAAAAUUAUAAAGUGAUUASUAUUCAUGARAUCGAUUAUUUGGUGAAGUUAGAAAGUGGGAUCAAAAUAAAUCAUUUUUUGGAAAAUAUCCUAACUAAUGUUGCAACAUCUAAAUUAUGUAAUAAAAUAUAUUUAUAUAUUUGUUUAUUUUUGUUAAUGUAAAACA